ACAAGAAGAAAAAGGUUGCUCAAGGCUAUAUGUAAAACAUCAGUUUCACAAGAAGGUAGGUUGGCUUGAGUUACCGAUAUUAACGAAAAACGCCAUUUUUUUGAAUAUUAUAGCUUGAAAGUGAGUAGUUCGGAGAAUAUUUUCAAUUUAUUGACUGAAAACCAGCGCACACAAGAUGGAUAUUAGGCCAAAUAAUACGAUUUAUAUCAAUAAUCUGAACGAGAAAGUGAAGAAAGAAGAACUGAAGAAGUCUCUCUAUGCUAUAUUCUCACAGUUUGGACAGAUCUUAGAUAUUGUUGCACUGAAAACUUUAAAAAUGAAAGGACAAGCUUUCGUUAUUUUCAAAGAAAUCCAAAGCUCUACCAAUGCCUUGAGGUCAAUGCAAGGGUUUCCGUUUUAUGACAAACCGAUGCGCAUACAGUACUCCAAACAGGAUUCGGACGUCAUCUCCAAGCUGAAGGGUACAUAUCAGGAAAGACCGAAGAAGGUCCGACCACCGAUGGCUAAAGACGAAGAAGCACCAAGGAAGAAGAAGAAGACCAAGGACCCCAACAGGGUGCCUGGCGGAGCUAACGCCGAACAGCCUCCUAACCAAAUUCUCUUCCUUACCAAUUUGCCUGACGAAACGAACGAGAUGAUGUUGUCCAUGCUGUUCAACCAGUUCCCAGGCUUCAAAGAAGUCCGUUUGGUGCCGAACAGACACGACAUUGCUUUCGUUGAGUUUGAGAACGAAAUGCAGUCCGGAGCAGCGAAAGAUGCCCUGCAGGGAUUCAAGAUCACGCCUACGCACGCGAUGAAGAUUUCUUUUGCCAAGAAAUAAAUUUAGAGAAAGCAUUUUGUACUUGAGUUUGAGAAUAGUAUUUUAUAGUGAGCCACCGUCUAGUUUUUAAUUGCGAUGCCAAGUCAGAUUAGUUUAUUAUAUUUUAGGCGACAUGUGUAAA